AUGACUGUCUAUUUCAAGGAUGAGGCGUUGAUGUGUAAGGUGUUUCCAUCCAGCCUGGGACCUAUGGCGAUGAGAUGGUUUGAUGGCCUUAAGCCAAAUUCUAUAAAUUCCUUUAAGCAGCUGAUACAGGCUUUUGGUUCCCGCUUCAUUACCAGCAGCAAAGUCCCUCGGCCCUUAGAUUCCCUCCUAUCCUUGUCCAUGCAAGAAGGAGAAACAUUGAAGGCCUAUUCAGACAGGUACUGGGAAAUGUAUAAUGAGAUAGAGGGAAAUUACGAUGACGUCGCCAUUAGUACGUUCAAGAGGGGCCUGCCAACAGAGCAUGGCUUAAGGAAGUCCCUAAUUGGGAAGCUGGUCACUAGUGUGCGCCAACUCAUAGACAGAAUCGACAAGUACAAAAGGGUCGAGGAAGACCAGCAGACAGGAAAGGGCAAAGCGAAGAUUGUCCCUCAGGAGAGGUGGGACUUCAGGUUGGAUCGUAUUAUCAAUAGUAACAGGUCGAGAAGAGAUUACUUGGAACAGUCUGGAUUCACUGGGGUGCAAGCAGUCCACGCUGUGUUCCAAGAACCAUUACACAAGAUCCUAGAGAAAGUAAAGCACGAACCAUUCUUUCAAUGGCCAAGCAGGAUGGCAAGUGACCCCUCGAAAUGUAACCAGAAUCUGUAUUGUGCAUACCACCGAGAGCCGGGUCACACCACCGAUGAUUGCAGGAAUCUGAAAAACCAUUUAGACUGGCUUGCCCGAGAAGGGAAGUUGAUGCAUCUAUUACAUCACCCUGUGGGAUGGCAGGAACAGUCAAACACCGAAACCAGACAAAGCACAUUAAGGCCACCCAUUGACAUAAUAAAUGUCAUUCUUGCUGCACCUGGAAAGACCAGUUCCAAUCCUUUCAGAGUAAUGUCAGUGAGCAGGCUCCCGGCUAAAGCGGACGACAGGGAAUCCAAGAAGGCCAGAGCAAUUGCCACGCUGUUAAUCGGAUUCUCGGAUGAAGACAAACAGGGAACAUUUCAACCCCACGAUGAUGCCCUAGUCGUCACACUCAGAAUUGGAGGCUAUGACGUGAAGAUGGUGCUAGUUAAUCAAGGCAGCGCCGUGAAAGUAAUGUAUCCUGACUUGUAUAAGGAAUUGAACCUGAAGCCAGGGGACCUGUCGGCAUACGACUCCCCUUUGGUCAGUUUUGAAGGAAAAACCGUCACCCCGAAAGCGGACAGAUGCAAGCCUUUCUUCCUCCUAUUGAACAAGUGGAAAGGCUUCAAGUGGACUGAGGAGUGUGCUUUAGCUUUCCAACAGCUUAAGGAAUACCUUACCCGACCACCAAUUAUGUCCAGUCCUGAGGCCGACGAGAUGCUGUUCGCCUACAUCGCUGUAGCCUCUCAUGCAGUAAGCUUAGUACUAAUCCGAGAAGACAAUGGCACACAACGGCCUAUCUACUACGUAAGCAAAUCGCUGCACGAGGCAGAGACCCGUUACCUCCCCCUUGAAAAGGGCGUCUUGGCAAUCGUACAAGCCAUGUGA